AUGGCUUUAAAAGACUCUUUUCGCAUCAAUCUCAAGGGCCGCGGUCUGCCAUCCCGGCCAGACCAGGGUCUCCGCUCCAAGAGCUCGCCAGAACAGACGCAGAAUAACGCCGUGAUUCCUGAAAGACCUGCACCAGCCCCAGCCCUAGAGAAGCCACUUCCGUCAACACAGUUACCUUCUCCGCCGAUGUCCCCGACGAUGGCUGUUCCUGGGAGCUUCUCGCAGAUCUCGCCAAUCAGGCGCGGCCAGGAACUUUCUCCCAAGGAAUUUUCUCCCGUGGAAUUCUCUCCCAAGGAACUUCCUCCCAGCCCUCGAGCCCCGGCUGGUAUCAUGACUUCGCAAGAUGAUGACGACGGUGCGUCUCUGGAAGACUUUAUACCUGAGCCGGAGGAGAACUCGGGGGAAAGCAUCGACGCUGCUAUCACGACCGCACCGGCCAAGGAGGGAAUGAACGGAAUUAACAGCAAUGAUAAUCUCCCGCCGCCUCCGCAGCAGCUAGAGCCAGUCGCAGCGCCGCUGAGCAAAGUGCAUUUUGCAUGCUACCAGUCGCAUAGAUCGAUGCCUGUCGCAAACAACUACUGGUAUUCAGUUCCCUGCAUGACUUGUCGGAAAGUUGAUCAGCAAAGCCGAUACCGGUGCACAUUCUGCUGUCUUCGCAUCUGCGGUGAUUGUUUCCAAGGUCUGCAAAAGUGCAACGACCGCUCUCUGGCGGAGUUUCUCGACACUCGUCCGACAGCUUAA